GAGCGGAGCUCCGGCGCAUUAUUAGUGGAAUGACGUCAUCAGUGUUGUGCGUGUAGAAGGCACGUAUCGUAUCGCUAGCGUGAAUCGUACAUCUAGCGGCGGUUGUUUGAUAGCUGACCAGUAUUUUUCUACGUCUGAAGUAAACUAAUGGGAUUAGACAUGUUCGUUAUUUUGUACAUAGUGUAGCUUAUGUACUCGUGUUAUUUUAUUAUUAUUUAUGUGAAUAUUUUUUCUGUGAAGUACACACGAUAAUACGGUGUUUUAUGUACCCGUAAUACCAGCGACACCGCGACUCUCCUGCACUUCGGGAUAAGCUUGAAAAAUGGAAGGUGAGCAACACCACUACGAACUGCGUAGUAGGAGUCGGUCCAGAUCGCAGACACCUCAAGUUUUGAACCGUAGUUUAAAUGACAUCGAAUUACCUGAACAUCAUUACGAUUUGCGAAGCCGUAGCCGGGAAAGGUCUCACACACCAGGGGAAGUGACCAGCAGCCGACGAUCAGGGUCUAGAUCAUUACCUGGCAGCAUUGGUAAAUCUCCUGACAAAAGUAUGGAGACUAUAACAGAACAGAAAGAGGAAGUUGAGAGCCAGAAUCAUCAAAGUCAAACGACGAAGUCAUCUGUGAGCGUAAAGAAAGUAGAGCGUCGUUCGGAGCGCCAAAAAGCUAAGAGACAGAUAUUCUCAAAUGGACAAAGCGAGAUGACUGAAAACAGAAACAACUCGAAAGCAGAAAGGGAAAGACAGAGUUUGACGCCAAGGCGAAUAUUCACCAGUGAUUAUUCUUCCGAAGAAGGUGAUCAAGAAGAUAGAGAGGAGAGAGAAGACCCUCCAAGCAGACCUGGUUCAGCUUAUGAAAUCUACAAACAAGCAGGAGAUUGGUGGAAUGUAUUUCCAAAAACUGAUUACACCUAUUCCCAAAAAUCGCAGUUCCGAUACGAAAUUGCACCAGGCGUUAUGGCCAUGCCUAACAUGUCCCGUCGCUCAAUUCAUUCAGACACAAGUAGCACCCAUGGCAGUAUACCAUCAACGAGUCAACAAAAUCUCAGUCAAUCAUCAACCCAGUUAUUAGGAGACACAAUGAGCCAAGUUAGCAGAGAAAGUGUUGGCAAAGAAUUGUCGUCUGCAGAUGAUCUGUUUUUGCGUGCUCGGCAAUCUGAUUCCAUAGCUAGAGCCAAGCUGUAUAAAACUACACAUGUAGAGCAGUACAGCAGUCGCAGGGAAGUGAUUUACUCCAAUUCUGGACAGGCAGAGCCAGUACUCGGUUUACGCGAUAGAUAUUGGGAUGACUCGUUUCAAUCGUCACCGGUUUCACGCAGAUACGAACCUCUCUUAAAUGCAGAUUCUGAUAUAGAUAUAGAUGAUACCAUAUCUUCGGUUGAUGGACACAGAAGAUUAUACAUGCAACGGCAACAAAAGGAGUUGAAUGUAUUUAUGAGAAUCUAUACCAGCGUUAUUACUUUUAUUAUCACAAGCUACACCAGUGUCAAGAAUUACAUUGGGCUUGGUGAAAACCGAAGGUUGUACUCACCUUCUUACAGCUACAGACAGCAAAGUGAAUCGAGAUGGACCAAAGCAUGGCGUUCAAUUGAUGGUGUGUUACAAAACCUGUAUUCGUUAUGUGUUCACUUUUUAUUCCUGGAUACAUGGCUUCUCAAUCGCACUGCCCCAGUAAGAGAGAGGGUUCCGGAUCGUCGUAGAAAACUAUUCUGGAUGAUACUACUACCGUUACUUCUUCUGGGUGGUCUAUGGCUAUUGUCAUACAGUUUUUCAAACUUAAGCUCCGUGCUGCCACUGGUCACUUACCCGAUGUCAAUUUUAUCAUCGAUAUUUUAUUCUAUGUCAAGCAGCAGUCAAAUCACAGAUGGUUCUAAAAAUCAAGCAAUCGUUACACCAGUGAAAGUAUCAUCACCAUCUGCUGACUCUUUGAAAUUAAGCGACACACAAAAUUAUGGAUGGAAUGAAAAAAUUGUCGUUUCACCCGUUGCCAGUAGUGUAGGGGUUGAUAAAGAGAAAGAAAAUGAAUUGGAUUCUAUUAUUUCGCUACUGGUUGAAAGAGUCAAUGAUGCUUUGACCAACAUCAAACAAGACCAAGAUGUCAUUGUAUCUCAGCUCGGAAACUAUGCAGGCUUGAGAAAAGAAUACGAGGAAAAGUUAGCUGCAAUAGAGAAGAAGCUGGAAGAGAAGGAACAACUUCUACUCGCAUCUAGUACAAACGAUAUAAAUGCUAUUAAAAUUGAACUACAUUCAUUGCGUGAAUUACAAUCAGAGCUUAAAUCUUGCUGCGAUAAAGCAGCUGUAGUGCCUGAAAUCGAAGUUGAGAAGCACGUUAGCAAUAUUUUAGGUGGAUAUUUUGGAAGCGAAAAUAAGGAUGGAACAGGAAAACUGUCUAAAGAAGAUCUUGCUAAGACCAUUAAAAACCUAUUUAUUGCUAAAAAUGAUUUGGAAGCAAGAAUAGCCAGCCUCAAUUCAACUCUCGAAAUUAACACCCGAGACGUUCAAGACUUGGCUGACAGGGUUAUGGCGGAGAUUACCAACAAAAUAAAUAUGAGAUACUCAACACGUGAUGAUGGCGGUGACUACGAGGGUGAUAGUAGUGGGGGUCUAACGGAAAGGGAUGUUCGUAGAAUUGUGACAAAUGCUUUGAAAAUCUAUGAUGCUGAUAAAACCGGAAGAGUAGAUUAUGCCCUCGAAUCAGCUGGAGGGCAAAUCCUCAGUACACGGUGUACGCAGAAAUACAAUUUGGACACAAGGGCGUACACAAUUUAUGGAUACAUAUUAUUUUAUCAAAACACAAACCCGCAAACAGUUAUACAAGGAGAUCCUAUACAGCCUGGAAAGUGUUGGGUAUUCCAAGAUUUCCCUGGAUAUCUGCUUAUCAAAUUACGAACCAUGAUAAAUGUGACAGGUUUUACCAUAGAACAUGCACCGAGAUCUAUUCUUCCAAAUAGUGACAUGAGGAGCGCUCCUCGAAAGUUCAACGUUUGGGGAUACAACAAUGAGAGUGACAAGGAACCGGUACAAUUUGGUGAUUACGAGUUCAAGGAUUCCGAUGAAAGCUUACAGUAUUUUCCUGUUCAGACUACACUAAACAAGUCUUACGAAAUUGUGGAAUUGAGAAUUCAUAGUAAUCAUGGACAGAUACAUUACACCAGUCUCUACAGAUUUAGGGUGCAUGGCAUACCUGCAUAGUUAUUUUAAAACGGUAUAAAUAAUGCGUAACUACCUGGAAUUGCGUGAGUGCUCUUGUAGUAUAAUAUCAAUAUACAGUUGGCAGUAUAUUUUUUUCGUCAUACAACCGGGCUGUUGCAUUGUGAUCUUUGAUGGCAUGGUCAGCAUUUGGGCGGGUUGGUAUUGUUAAAAAGUAUACAAUUCUGUGACAUUACAUUGUAAUUAUUAUAUUAUUUGGCAACCACAUUGAAUUCAUAUGAUUGUAAUGUAGCCUUGUGUACAAACAAAUUACUUGUUAAAGAAACGUAAUGGAAAUCUGCUACAACAAAUAAUACACGUUGCCUGUUCGAGUUAGUUUAGUUAUUUUAACCAAUGAUGACAAAAAUUUCUCUAAUGUUUUGUAGUCGUAAAUAAGAGCAAUAAUUUUGGAGCAAUUUCAUACAUGUAGGGUCAUUUAUUAUGAUAAAUUUUUUAGUACAAUCCGAACGCAGAAUUAAAUGAAACAUUCUGUUACCAAGGCGAAUAUGUCUGGCGAAUUUGUGACCUGCUUACAGGUAACGUAAG